CCGGGGCCGGGCGGGGCUCGCUGGCGGGUCGGUGUCCGCUCCAGUCGCCGCCGCCGCGGUCCUAGUGAGCGCGUCCCGCCAUGGAGCAGCCGCGGAAGGCGGUGGUGGUGACCGGGUUUGGCCCUUUUGGGGAGCACACUGUGAACGCCAGCUGGAUCGCUGUCCAGGAGCUGGAGAAGCUGGGCCUUGGGGACAGCGUGGACCUGCAUGUGUAUGAAAUCCCUGUGGAAUACCAGACCGUGCAAAGGCUCAUCCCUGCGCUGUGGGAGAAACACAGCCCCCAGCUUGUGGUGCAUGUUGGGGUGUCGGGCAUGGCCACCACAGUGACGCUGGAGAAAUGUGGACACAACAAGGGCUACAAGGGACUGGACAAUUGCCGCUUCUGCCCCGGCUCACAGUGCUGUGUGGAGGAUGGCCCCGAGAGCAUUGACUCCAUCAUUGACAUGGAUGCUGUGUGCAAAAGGGUGACCACGCUGGGGCUGGACGUGUCUGUCACCAUCUCCCAGGAUGCUGGCAGGUACCUCUGUGAUUUCACUUACUACACCUCGCUCUACCGGGGGCGCGGUCGGUCAGCUUUCGUCCACGUGCCCCCACUGGGCAAGCCUUACAAUGCCGACCAGCUGGGCCGAGCGCUACGGGCCAUCAUCGAGGAGAUGCUGGGUGUCCUGGAGCAGGUUGAGGGCGACAUCAGCUGUUGCCACCAGCACUGACCGCCGUCCACACCCAGGUGCUGUGAGAGGAGACACAGGGGGCCGUGGGAGGGCCUGACUCACAUCUGCUCCUCCUCUUGGCGGACCACAGGCAGGUGGACGCAGAGAGCUCUGUCUGGAUAUCGUCCUGUGUCUGGGGACACAGCCGCUGUGCCCGGGGCUGGGGCUGGGGUGACGUGGCCACAGCUGGGGGCCGCACCCCCGCCAUGCCCCUGCCUUGCCCCCAGCACACCCUGCUUUUACAGGGCUGUGGAUGGAGUCAGGGCCUUCUCUCUGGCCAGGGUCUCACAAAGUGUCAUAAAGGAGUCCGCUCUAACCUGUCCCUGUACCCUGGACAGUCCCCGGCAAAGCCACCUGGAACUUGGCUGCCUUUUCUGUCCCCCACCCAGUGGUAGAUUAGGGAACGGAGUAAUUUAUAUUCCCAGUGUUAAAACUUCAGGCUUAGCCCACAAGUGUCUUCUCUUUCUCCUGGAGGGGGAGGCCUCUUUUGCCUCCUGCCCUGAAAACGCCAUCACACUUUGGGUCCCUGUAGUGGGUCCCCUUUGCUCAGAAGAGCAAGCUGCUGUCGCCACCGAGGGCCUGGCCCUUCCCUGGGCGGCACUGGCCCUGCCCUGACCCUUCCUUUCCUUGUUUUCUUUCUGAGUUUUUAGAGCGCGAUUGUUGUCUUUUUUUUUUUUUUUUUUUUUUUGAGUCAGGGUCUCAGGUAGCCCAGGCUGGCCUUUUGAACUUACUAUGUAAUCUAGGCUGGUCUCAUUUGAACUCCUGAUCCUCCUGCCUCAGCUUCCUAAGUGCCGGGAGGACAAGUGUUUGGCAGUACAGAGGGCCCGCCGGGGACCGGAACCUGACAGUAGCGGAACCAUCACCCAGCAUCUGUGGGUUUUCUCUACUCGAGACAGAUGGCCUCUAGUGUCCUCUUUGGGACCCGGGACCAGAGGCUGCGUCGUUGCCCAGGCCUGUCCCUGCAUUUGUACCAGCCACAGGGACAUCGGGUGAACCGUUUGGAAGUGUGCUUGGGACGCAAGCCAGGCCUUGUCCAGGACUUUGAACUUCCAGGCCUGGAGGAGGGGCUGGAUGUGACGUGUGGCCUGGACCCCAUCCAAGACAAAGCUCAGUUCCUGCCGCCAGAAGCCACGUACAUUUUGGAUGCCACCCUCUGUUUUGUGGAGGAAUAGAGGGGGACCUCACUGUCCCCAAGUGUGA